AUGAGAAGACGUUUCACUAGUCAAAAGAACACUAACGCAAAAGCAGAGAUUACGGUUGGUUAUAACGUAAAUGAUGAUAAAUCACGAAUUAUUCAAAAUGUUAAAGUUAAUGUUAGUCCUGAAUUAACUCGUGACUUACUAAAAAAGGAGGAGGAAAAUAAAGAAGAUGAACCCGGUAAAGAACCUGUUGAAAUUCCCACUUAUCCAACAUACCCCCCACCUCUUUCAUCAAACAUCGAGAACCCAGGAAUCUACGAUUCCAGUCGCAAUGCGCCAUAUAAAAUAGACAUUAAUUCAGAAUUAAUGAAAAUUUACCGUGAUAUAAUAACUGAUAAUUAUGAUUCAAUAAUAAAUUUAAUUGACCAAUCUGGUUUAAUUAUUUUACCUUAUGAAUCAUUAAUUCACAUUAUCGCCAUUCUUUGUGAUGUUCAAGAUUCAGACGUUAAGAUUCAAUUUUUCAUAGAUGAUGAGGUUUCAUGCUGCGGAACAGUUGCAAAAAUAAAUCCUAUAAAGGAUAUUAGCACAAUUAAGAUAUCAAAGAACGGAACAACAACUGAACUUCAUUUAACAUAUAAUGAUAUUUAUAAUAAAAUAGUUGAUGAAUAUAAAAUAUCACUUGAAAAAUUCUUUGUUAAGGCUAUUUAA